UGCGGUGGCGCGGGGGGCGGGCCGGGGGCGGGCCGGGGGCCGCGGCGCGGCCGUCGGGCCCGGCGCGCCGGCUCGGGGGCCGGGGAGGACCAUGCACCGCGCUGCCUCCAACCAGCGCUCGGUCUCCUCCUCCUCGGGCUCCUUCCAGCCGCCGCCGCCGCCGCCGCCGCCGCUGCCGCCGCACGCCGCCGACCGGCAGCCCCUCUUCCAGAGGGGCUCCAGCAGCGGCGGCAGCCGGCGGGGCUCGGGGUCGAGCUCGGGCUCAGAGCGGGCCCGCCGCCCUCGCAGCCCCCGCAGCAGCGCCGAGGAAGAGGAGGAGGAGGAAGAGGAGGAGGACAGCAGCAGCAUCAGCAAGCCCCUGGUGCCGCCGCCCGCCGCCCCGCUGCCCGCCGCCGCCUCGCCGCUCCCCAGCAGCAGCAGCAGCAUCAGCAGCGGCGGCGGCGGCGGCGGGAGCCCGGGCCGCAGCAUGACGGCGGCGGAGCUGUACGGGGCGGCGGCGGCGGGCGGCGGGGCGGGGGGCGGCGGGGCGGCGGCGGGGGCGCUGCUGGGGCCCGGCGGGGCGGGGGGAGGGCGGCGCUGGGGCUUCCAGGCGCUGUCCCUGGUGCUGCUGCUGGGGCAGGGCGCGCUGCUGGACCUCUACCUGAUCGCCGUCACCGACCUGUACUGGUGCAGCUGGAUCGCCACCGACCUGGUGCUGGCGGCCGGCUGGGGCAUCUUCUUCUGCCGCAACAGCCGGGCGCGCCGCCGGGAGCGGCCCCCGCCGCCGCCCGGGCCGCCGCCGCCGCACCCGCUGCUGCUGCACGGCCCCCCCGGCGGCCGCGGGGCCGGGGGCCGCGGGGCCGGGGUCCCCCUCCGCGGCGGCGACUUCGCCUACGCGCACCUCGCCUGGCUCAUCUACUCCAUCGCCUUCACGCCCAAGGCGGCGCUGAUCCUGGGCACCUCCAUCCUGGAGCUGAUCGAGCUGCGCCUGCCGCUGGGCACCACCGGCUUCCGCAUCACGCUGGCGCUCUCCGCGCCGCUGCUGUACUGCCUGCUGCGGGCCAUCGGCACCGAGGGCGCCGGGCAGCUGCUCCUGCCGCCGCAGCCGCCGCCGCAGCACCGCGCCGCCGCCGCCUUCCUCGCCACCUGCCUCGACCUGCUCGACAGCUUCUCCCUGCUGGAGCUGGUGCUGCAGCCCGGGCGGCCGGCGCCGCUGCCCGCCCCGCUGCGCUACCUGCUCAUCGCCGUCUACUUCCUCUGCCUGGCCUCGCCGGUGCUGUGGCUGUACGAGCUGAGCGCCGCCCGCCCGCCCGGCGCCGCCCGCCUGGCCCUGCACCUGCUGCUGCCCGCCGGGCUGCUGGACGCGCCGCUGCUGGCGCUGCGCUGCCUCCUGCUGCUGCGCUACCAGCAGCCGCUGUCCCUCUUCAUGCUCAAGAACCUCUUCUUCCUGACCUGCCGCGGCCUGGAGGCGCUGGAGACCUGCUGCCUCCUGCGCCCCGCCGCCGCCCCGCCGCCCGCCAAGUACGGCCCGGCCGCCGCCGCGCCCGCCGCCGCCCCGCUGGCCCACGGGCUCUCCGACGUGGACGUGGGUCCCCACGGGUACGUGAACGCCUUGGCGGUCACCGCCCAGGGCUGAGCCCCCCGGCAGCCCCCGGCAGAGUCUCUGUCUCUGCGUUCUGCUCAGGUUCCCUCUGCCGUGGCCGAGCAGGGGAAGAAGGGGACGUGGGUUUCCCCGCCAGACUCUCGUUCCCCUCCUCCUUUCCUCGUGGACAGAUCCAGCAGCGG